CACUGCAACACGGACUGGAUCCUCAGAGCUGCUAACCUGACCACAGAGGAGCAGCUGAACCUCACGGUGCCCAGGGAGGAGGAUGGGAGCUUCAGCCGGUGUCRGAUGUUCGUCCCUGUGGACUGGGACAUCCAGGAUAUCAGGGAGUAUGGACUCAAUGAGACAACAGGCUGCAGGGACGGAUGGGUUUAUGCUGGUAACAUGCUGUAUGAAUCCACCAUAGUUACUGAUUUUGAUCUGGUGUGUGGCCAGUCGAACAUGGUGGGAGUGAUACAAACGGUGUUUCUGGCCGGAAUCCUUCUGGGUUCUCUCAUGUUUGGACCAUUUGCUGAAUCGUUUGGUCGUAAACGAGCAACUCAAAUUCCAGCAGUGAUAUUGUUUGUGUUCACCUUGACAACAGCUCUGUCCCCCAGCAUUUACUUAUAUUUAGCGUCCAUUUUCUUCAUGGGAGUUGGAGCUGGUGGAUAUCGAGUUAACUGUAUUAUACUGUCCACUGAAUGGAUCGGCGUAUCCAAAAGGUCCUGGGGGGCAUGUGUGACGCAGCUCUUCGGCUCGAUCGGUCAGUGCGUCCUGGCUGGUACCAUCUACGGCAUCAGAAAGUGGAGAGUGGCUCAGCUGAUUGGGGCAGCGCCUCUUGCAGUGGUUAUUGUCUACAUAUGGUUCAUCCCAGAGUCAGCCAGGUGGCUGUUAAACAAGGGACGGACAGAGGAGGCAAAGCAGCUCAUUGCCAAAGCAGCAGCCAUUAACAAACAGCUGGUCCCUCACUCUCUGCUGGAAAAGGUUACAGUGAACACAACCCCAAACAAUGGUGGCAUGAAGAUCAUUUUUAGGUCCCCACUACUCACCAGAUAUUUCCUUACUGUUGUACUGGCUUGGUUUUCACUGAACCUUUGCAUCUACUGCCUGUACUUAGACAUGGGAAGCCUCGGCUUUAGCAUCUUUUUGACCCAGUUCCUCUUUGGUGCUUUUGAAAUACCUGCUAAUCUACUCUCCAUGUGGCUGUUGGAGAUUUUUGGGAGAAAAGCGUUAUUCAUAUUUACCCUGGCAAUAGGAGGACUAUCAUCCUUGCUCAUUGUGGCUGUUCCUCAAGAACAUGCUCUCGCUGUUACGUCUUUGGCUGUGGCCGCUCGCUUCUUCCUGGUCUGGGGUGGUUCUGUAGCAUGUGUCUACAUCCAGGAGUUGAGUCCAACAUCAGUUCGACAAACUGCCACYGCUCUGGGCUCGAUAGCGGCAAGAGCAGGAGUGUUACUGGCUCCGCUGCUGAACAUGCUGACCGUGUACCACUGGGUCAUCCCCAUCGUCAUCUCAAGCAGCCUGACAAUCAUCGGCGGAGUCCUCGGCUUCCUACUCCCAGAGACCAAGAAAACUGAGCUUCCUGAGACGGCUGAAGAGGCUGAGAAAAACAAAGUCACACCAUCAGAAUCCCAUUUACCUUCUGAGUCGACCAAGUUAUGAACUUUUGCCUGUCUACCUAUUUCAACAUACAAUACUGGCAACACCCAUGGCAAAUACUUACUCUGCAAGAACAGAGAUUUGUUCUUUUACCUGGGGUUGCAAGAACAAGAGCUGAGUUCUUUGUGGCUCAAAUCCAGAACUCCUGGGAAGCACACAACCUUCCUGUUGCUUUACCUCUGAGCUAUACAGUCUCAGUUGUUUUGCAAUCAGCAGGUUGAAGGUUUGAUUCCAGCUUUUGCCUCCAGCCAAGUUACCUACUGAUCUGUUUAUUGGUGUAUAAAUGUGUAAAGUUCUCAGUGGUCAGUAUGACUGAAACAGUGCUGCAUAAAUUUACGCGUCUUCCUACUACUCAAGCACAUCUCAAGGAAAAACUGCCCAGAACGAACUGCAAGAAUUAAAUAACUCUGUUCAUGUGGAAUACUGUAUAUUGGACUUACUUUGAGGAGUCACAGAUUUAUAAUUUUUUUCAUAUAUUUCCUUCAAAAUUAAGAUUUUUAUCUUAUUGCUAAAUUCUUUUUCAUUGUCAAAAUCAGCAAAAUAAGCGCAGAUGUGUGUAAAAUGCAAAUUUCAUUGAUUGUAACACUCGCACGUCACCUUUAUUAGCCUGAUGCAAACUG